UUUUCCGGAAGUGAUAGAAAACAAAGGCUUUUAUAGUCUUCUGUCUUCUAUUGUCCUUUCUUUUAAAUUUUUCUUUUCUGUGGGUUUCUUUGAAAAAUAAUUUUUUGAUGUGUUUUGGUUUAAAAUGAGAGGAGAUUUUAAAAGGUUGAUAAAGCAAUAUUUUUAUUGCCUAGUAAAAAAUGAUUGUGUUUUGAAAAAAUUGAAGGGAGAGAAUUUUAAAUUAAAGUGUUUACUUUAUAAAAAAUAUUUUUAUGAAAAAUAUUUUUUAUUUACUUCCCUUUUAGAUAAUUUUCCAACUGUUCAAAAAAUAUUUGAAGAAAACAACAUUUCUUUUUUUUAAAUUUAUCGUUUCUUUAAAAUUUUUAAAAAUUGCUUGCCAACAACAAUUACAAAUGACUGCAGUUGCGCAGCAAUUUAUUUGCAGGCGGUAUCUGCUAAACGAUGAUGAAUUAUCGGACACUUUUGAUUUACUCGAUUUGGACAAGGAUGGAAGAUUAAGUCGAAACGAGAUUGCAGCUUUAUUGAGAUCUUCAGCUAAAAUAGAACCAACAAGGAAAGAAUUGGAUUUUUUGUUUAGUGAAAUGGACCAUGAAAAUUCCGGAAAAAUCGACAAGCAAUCAUUUGUUACCUAUCUUCGUUGCCCUCUAAUCAACCGAAUAACAGUUAAAGAACUUCGCAACCAAUUUAAAGAGAUUGCAUGGAAUGGGGACGGUUCUAUUACAAAGGAAGAUCUAAGUCACAUUUUAGCAAAAACAGCAGACUUGAAAGAUGAAAAUGCUGUUGAAGUUUUAUUUGAAACAAUUGACCAAGAUCAAGACGGAAGAAUUUCUUUUGAGGAAUUUAUCAGAAUGAUGCGGGAAUAA